UCUUAUUAAACUCAUAUAUGGAAAAUAUUAUUUUGUAGCUUGCAGUUGCAAGAGGUAAGGUCAACACUAAUUUAAAAUGAGAGCUGGUAUGAUAAGCUGGAAGGGUGGGACAGGCGUCAACGUGGAAAGAAAUAAUUAAAAUAGAAAUCAAAUGAAAGAUUAACUUAAGGAAAUAUAUAUAUUUUUCUAGGUGCAAAAAGAAAAAUAUAUUGAAGAAGCUAUGGGGAAAGACAGUCUGGAAUUCACUAUCUAAUUACUUGACUCGAUUAGCUUAUUAAUCAAUUUAAUUCUCAUUCAAAUUAUCGAGGUUAUUUCUAAGAUGAUAGCUAUCUUUCUGAAUACUCACUAUAUAUGUACAAACUACUAAGUAGUCAACUAAUUAUUUAUUCUUGUAUAACCAACUAAUUAAAUACCUAAUCUGAAGUUUGAUAACUCAUAUAUUUACAUAUGUUAAUAACAUUAUGAUAACAAAUUUAUUGUAAUGUAAUAAGGUGUGUCAAAGGUCACGUGCUCGAAUUUUUUACACCAAAAGAAUGCGGGUUCCCCGCAAAAGUUUCGGGUGAAGGUGGGUCCGCCACGGAGUGUGAAUCAGGUCGAAUAAUACAUGCGUAGGUAUGGGGCGGUUUCAACCUUCAUCGAUUCUUAAAUGUUGUUUGAAACAAAUGUGGAUAUUUAACUUUUAUACAAGAGACAUAGAAAAGACACUUAAAAAAUGAAUGAGAAGUGUAGUAGAACGAAUAUUUGAAUUUAAAUAAUUGAAAGAUAGUCUUUAAAAGUUUUUAGGAAGAAAAAAUGAUUUUAGAAAGGUCAAAAGAGGUUGACUUACAUGUAGAUGUUGAUAGUUGUUGGGUGUAUGGCUCGGGUCCAAUCGCGCCAAGGAGCCAUCGCGGCACCGCCCCAGAAGGGUCAGGCGCGUUAGUGCCAACGCGACCAAAACUGCACCCGCGCGAGAAUCUCGAGCGCGGGGAAGCCUACACUCGCGGACAAGAAUCCCAGACGCCGAACGACGACGUUUCAACCAAGCGUUGACCAGACCAAGAAACCAUGAAAACGACGCCGUAUUCCCCGAAGAGUGGUCACAUCAUAGUCCUAGGUACAAUCAUGGGCAAAUCUCCUAGUCCUAGGUAGAGGUGUGGCCUAAAAGUUCUGACAUGUCAGUAGUCAUGUCACCAUGUAACUCACCCACCACCAUGUAGCCUAUAAAUAUGGCAUUUACUUCGGUGGGUGAGGGGAUCGCAUUUUUUACUCUCUCACUCUACUUGCUAAGAGCUUUAUCUCUCUAAAAAUCUCCUCUUCCCUGAAUCCCCCUGUUGUUACUCUUCUCACCCAUCUUUCCCCCGAGUCUACCUCCUACUCCCAAUUAGAGGUUGACUUACAUGUAGAUGUUGAUAGUCAAGAAGGGGCAGGACGGAGCGGGACAUGUUGGAAGCAAUACUCAUACCCACCACACACUACUGCGAAUUGAAUAAUACCCAAACCAAACAAAUCGGAUAGUCACACAAAUUAGGUCAGAAAUUGCCAUCACUAUCUACAAUCUAUCAUUUCAUUCUUUAGGGGGGAAAAUGUGAACUCAUCAAGACUGUAGCCAUGCGAUUUGAUUUUCCACAAACAUCAUUUCUUUUCUCCUCUAGCUACCUUGUCUUUAAGCCUUCACUUUAUUUCAUGACAAUACUGUGAUUUGAUUUACCACAAACAUAAUUUCUCCUCCAUUACCAGUCCUGUAACACCACGUACUCUGUUUUGAUAAGAGUAACAGAUACAGAGCAUAUGCUUUAUUAGGGGUGGAAAUUGGUACGGUAUCGGUAUCCCAAUACCAAUUAUCGAAAUCCCGAAUACCGAAUUAUAUCCUAAAUUCAAUCCCAAUCCCAAUCCCUAAAUAAUUUCGGCGUCCCAAUCUCAAUCCUUAAAUAUUUUGGUAUCCCAAUCGGUACUUCGCUAUCCCAAUCGAUAUUAUCGAAUAAGAAAUUAAUUAGAUUUGAUUGUUUAAUAUAGGACAAAGAGACUAAACAAAGAGUCAUGAGUUUGGCUAGAGUUAGGAUAUGGAUAAGGAGAAUGGAGGAAAGGUGACAUCUCAAAUUUUUGUUAUUGGUAAUCUUUAAUUUGAUGUAUUGGAUGCUAAGAGAGAACUAAUACUAAUGUUUUUUUUAUGUUAUGAAAAUAACAAUAGAUUGGUUGUUGAGGGUCGUGUAGUAGUGAAUGAGAAAGUUUAGUUGAGAGCAUAAAAUACACAUUAGCUUAUAUUUUGGUAUUGUUCGGUAUUUCGGUACAUUACCGAUCUCAAUCCCGUAAUCCCUAAUACAGAAUAACAAUUGAA